AUGAAACCACCUGAAUGUGACCCGCAGGCCCAUUCACAACUUACUCAUCAACCUUCCGUUUGGGUAUUCAAUAAGUUACACAAGCCACAACAGGCGAUUAACAGCGAUUUUUUAUCUGGUUACAUUUCAACACUUCAUGUACACGCUGAAAAUGCUAGCCAGGAUUCACCUACCUGUGGGAAGGGUUAG